AGACAGGAAAACUUGACAGAUGUGAAAGGCAUUACAUCUUGCAAGAAGGUCUUCCAGAUGCUCACAACGGUUCGAAAGUGACCUAUGGUCAUAGUCAUUGAUCGAUGUGCUGCUAGAGGUCCUCCGCAACAUGUUGAUAUUCAGGACCACCAGGUGUUGCUUGGGGCGGCGGACGUCGCCCACAGCAGCACUGUUCAGAAAGUAUUAUUUGCACAACACAGGCAGCUCUCGACCACGACCGAUAAAACCAACAGUUCCAGCAGGAAAGAGAAAUGAGUCCUCAGAAGUCGGCGACAAUGACAGCGGCCAUAUCGAGACAAAGCCGAAUGAAGGAAUUCUUUUCUUUGACAAUGUCUUUCCCCUCAAGCUUCAGUGGCUAACUCGAAUACCAUUCCUGAAUGCUGACACGCUUUUGGCGGAAUCCCUCAAGAGGGUUAAUCACCCAGAUCUUGCUUUGGCUGAUCCGUCGAGCAUAAUCAAGCGAGCCCUCCCAGAAAAGCUACCUAUCACUGUCACCACAGUUUUGCCUAGACUCAGAGAAGGAGGAGCAUUUGUCAAGUUUAGACACGAGGAGGGAAUCACAACGACAGAACUCGAAAAUACGCUGAAAGAAUAUCUCAAGGAGAAGCCAAUCAAGCCAUGGUUCAAUCCUUUCCGCCAAGUGCGGGCUUUUCUCGUUCGAGGGAAGCCCUGGAUCGAAGAUCUCUAUCGCAUCCCAAGCUCCCGGGUCAAAGUCGAGUUUCUGCCGACCUCUCCUGAAACGUCUGCCGCCGAAUUGACCCAAGAGACACUCUACUCCUUGUUUCGAAGAUAUGGCAAACUUUCCGAGAUUGUACCUGAACCCUUUGACUCCAAGGUCCUUCCAAGAUAUGCAUACAUUGACUACACUCGAGUGAGAUUUGCGACGAUGGCCAAGAACUGCAUGCACGGUUAUGUUGUGGGUACAGCCGAAGGAGGUGGCAAGGCUGGAACCCUGCUUAAGCUCAGCUACGAACCUAGAGUCAAAGCGAACUGGAUCUGGAGUUGGAUCACCAGCCAUCCAAGAAUAGUGCUCCCGUUGGUUGUAGCACUACUGACAGCGGCGUCAGUUGCAGUCUUUGAUCCAAUCCGAACAUUUUUCAUCCGGAUGCAUAUCACACAUGGGUUGCACUUGGAGGAUCAACCACUCUACAGAUGGGCGAAGAGUUGGCUCAGCCGAGGGUAUGACUAUAUUCGCCUCCGGAAGCAAGGGGGCGACGGUGACAAUCUGAAGAUUGUGUGGGAAGAUCGCCAAGGAGCAAUUACUCAGUUGCAGACAUGGAUGAUCGAGACCGCCGAUACUUUUAUUGUGGUGCAGGGUCCUCGUGGAGCCGGUAAGAAGGAACUCGUUAUGGACCAAGCCCUAAAGGGUCGACCCAACAAAUUGAUCAUCGACUGCAAAAAGAUUCAGGAAGCACGGGGAGACAGCUCUACGAUUGCUGCUGCGGCCGCCGAAGUCGGCUAUCGGCCAGUAUUCUCAUGGAUGAACAGUAUCAGCAGCAUGAUCGACUUGGCGGCAAUGGGCACAAUCGGAACCAAGACUGGAUUCUCCGAGACCCUCGACACACAAUUGGCUAAGAUAUGGGGUAACACCACCACUGCUUUGAAGAAGAUUGCGCUAUCGCAUCGAAAUAAGAAGGAUGAAAAGGAGGCUCAAAUGGCGGACGAUGAGUGGCUCGAGGCUCAUCCUGAGUACCGACCUGUUGUUGUGAUUGACAACUUUUUGCACAAAAACAAUGAAGGAUCGUCUAGCAUCGUGUACGACAAGUUGGGUGAGUGGGCAGCAACAUUGACAACACAGAAUGUGGCACACGUAAUCUUCCUAACGACAGAUGUGUCGUUUUCGAAAUCUCUAAGCAAGGCAUUACCUGACAGGGUGUUCCGCCAAAUCACCCUCAGUGACUGUACGCCAGAAGUGGCAAAGAAACUCGUUCUGCAGCAUCUCAAACCCGAGGGCGAUGAAGCUUCGUCAGCUGAGGGAGAGGAAAAGAUGUCGUCUACACAAAUGCAGAGUAACAUUGACGAGCUCGAUAGCGUCAUCCAGAUCCUUGGUGGUCGAUUGACGGAUCUGGAAUUCCUCGCCCGAAGGAUCAAGACGGGCGAAUCCCCAGGAAAAGCUGUACGUCAAAUUAUUGAGCAAUCUGCCUCGGAGAUUUUGAAGAUGUAUCUUCUUGAUGUCGACAGCGCCAGCCGCACAUGGACCCCACAGCAAGCAUGGCUGAUCAUCAAACGUUUGGCCUCUGAUGAGGUUCUGCGAUAUAAUGAACUGCUACUUGACCCUCUCUUCAGUAAUGGUGAAGCUGUCCUGCAAGCACUUGAGCAGGCAGAACUGAUCACGAUCACCUCGACCAACGGACGACCGUAUAGCAUCAAGCCCGGCAGGCCUGUUUAUCAGUCCGCGUUUGAAUAUCUUACCGAUGACGAAGUUCUCAAAGCACGACUUGACUUGGCCAUUCUGUCUCAACUGAUCAGUACCGAGACCAAGAAUGUCGAAAAGUACGAGAACGAAUUAAAGAUUCUGGGCGAAUUGCCAGGGACACCUAGCGAGAUCAAACCAAGAACGCAAUACUGUCUGGCCAAGGUGAUGGGUUCUCAGAUAAAAAUCCAGCAGUACGAGACUGAAAGCGGUAAGCUGAAGAAGGUGCUUUCAGACAAGUUCUAGUGUGAAAGUGACGCCAUGAUGUGGAACGUCUCUAUGGGUACAGGACCAUUUCUUUUCCUCUCAGUCAAUAAUGUAUGAUAUGCAUGAGAUAUAUAUACCCCGAUCAAAUGUUCUGUAUGGUGUGGAAUAGAUGGUUCCAGGUUUUCAUGAAAUCAAAGUGGUUACUCUAUGCUUGCCCGGCAAAUUCACUUCUGUGUCUUGUCUGUGAAAGUGAAUUUAUAUG